GUGGAGCGAACAUCUGCGGCCCUCCUCUCACAUUAUUUUCAUCCAUGCUUACGUCUGGGACAGCAGUUCCGCAUUCCCGAGCCCUCACAGACCAGAUCGCUACUUAAACCGGGAGCUGAUGCAACGGCUUCAGUGAGUCCCGAAGCCCGCAUCCGACUGCGCUCCCGCACCGCCGCACUAUUUCACUGCGGAUAUUUUUCGGACGCACGUCAGCGUCCGAACACCGUUGCAUCAUUGAAAGACGAAGACUGACAAGUUUUCUCUGAAAGACGCCUCUCCAGGCUUUCAUGUCUCAGGGCUUGAGGGGAUGCCGAAUUUACAAAAAGGGGGAACUCGAACGCUGUCUCACCGACCUCAUUGUCUCACCACUGAAGGCGUCUCGGAUCAGACAUCAUUUCACCUUGGAGGCCGCGAGUACCCAAAACGUUGACGUGCUGAACUAUUUCUGCGUGUGUGUGUGUGUGCUGCGUGCUUGGACAAGCCGUUUCAUGCAACGGGGGCUUUCCUUGUCUGACUGGGGAGGCUCCCGUUGCAAAGCACCGCACACCAGCCCUGCUCUGAAAGGGACAUAAUAUAAUUACUACCGGGUCGGUUUCCAUUGAAAGAAAUGUGUUUGUGCAGGACGGAGUCUGUAAACUGGGUUGUCCGGCACGACUUGGAUACCGGACUCCGUUUUGGCUCUGAUUAGUCAUUCCUAAUGGGCGCUUCAGUUUCCUGUGGCUGCUCUCUCUCGGGUCCAAGGCAGCGGUGGUGGCCGGGUCGGACAUGAUGCCGGGACAGAUCCCAGACCCCUCGCUGGCGGCGGGCUCCCUGCCCUGCCUGGGCCCGCUGGCGGGCAUCUCGGCCACCACGCUCACCGACCAGCUCAAGCUGGCCGACUUCCGCCAGCUGGGGACCAUGCUGUCCCCGCUGCACUUCCUGGGGAGGCUCGGGAAGAGGCCGCUGGCCAUCAAGACCGAGAUGGACGAGGAUGACGACAGGAGGAAACGCAGACGAGAGAAAAACAAGGUCGCUGCGGCACGAUGCCGAAACAAAAAGAAGGAACGGACCGACUUCCUCCAAAGGGAAUCGGAGCGCCUGGAGAUGGUGAACUGCGACCUGAAGGCCCAGAUCGAGGAGCUCCGCCUGGAGAGGCAGCAGCUGAUGGUGAUGCUCAACCUCCACCGGCCCACCUGCAUCGUGCGGACCGACAGCGUCAAAACGCCGGAGAGCGAGGACAACCCGCUGCUGGAGCAGCUGUCCGCCGACGCCGAGUGAAACCAGGAAAAAGAAGGAAAAAAAAGAGAAAGGAACCCAAAAGGGGACACGUAGCCCCCGACCGCCCCCGAAACGGCGGCAACAGGCCUCCGCCUUUUGGAACAAUAACCGUAACUGGCGGCACAUUUGAAAUAAAUAAAUACAAAAAAACACACACAAGCGCUGGAGCUCAAGACUUUAUCGGACGCUCCGGGCGGAAAAGGUCGAGGGUCGUCCUUAGCACGAGCUGGCUCUGUCCCGUCCGGGAAAACAAGGACACAUUGAGUGUCGUCGCUGACGCCCGCCGUGCCUGGUCGUCACUUCAACCAUCUCUACACGAAAGGGACCAAUGGGAUCGGCGGAGGACGAGCGGAAGCGACGCCGAGGGGGAAAAACGCACUGAUAUCAACGAGGUGCUCUGUUACAAAAGCCACGAGAACUGCGUGGCGUUUUGUUUUUUUUGUAACUGCAACUUUAUUUUUCUUCUCUCUAUUCGUACGCUAGCCGAACAUAUACAGGUGUAGAGUUUUUAGGAUACGAACACUCAAUAAAAGUACACCAGGCCGAGUUCUUGUAAUGUUGAUUUCUAUACUCUGCCCCGACGAUGGCAGUAACCGGUUGAUCCGAUUUGUGGUGACGCUGGCGUCAUGAAAAGCACAUAUACACAAAAUGUUUACACCCGUGGUUUUUUGGACUUGUUGUCUGUCCAUUAUUGUACUGUUUUAUACUGCUUUGUAUACAUAAACAUAUAUGAAAUGUUCGUUGAUCACUUGACGUGAUUUGUCUUUUCUGUCUCUCCGGUUCGGCUGUGAAAACAAGCAGAAAUCCCUUGAGAUGAGCAGCGUCCGCUCGGCACCUGUACCUGCUGUGUACGACCCUGUUUCCAAGAAUAGAUUAAAUUUUAUUUUUUAACUACGA